GAAAGGCACGUCAAUUGGCAAACUGGAUAUGGUUUGGAGGACAAGUAUGGGCGAAAGGGGACGUUUGCAAACGAGCUCACUGCAGAGAAUGGCUCCGGGUUACGGUGAUUUGCGGCUUACAAUUGAAAAGAUACCAGCAACCGUCAAAUUACCACCAAACAGCACAACUGAUUUCUCGCUAGAAUUACUGCCACUGAUAGCCGGAUUACAGGUGCGCAUUUUUCUCUUUGGUUUCAUUGUUCUUCACAAACAAAGUAAGACUUAGAA